AUGACCCAGUCCACACUCAAUGUCAACGUCAAGCAAACCAAUGUCCAGCAAACGACUGCCCCAGCUUCUAGUUUCUUGACAGAGCGUAUUCGCGAACGUAGCGGCCCAACCGCCUUCUGGAUUGCGAAAGAACCUGCAUACACCCCAACAUGCGAUCCUAACACGCGGCUCGCAGUCAUCGAGGAUAUCGUGAAUUGGAUUACCGCAGGCAGCACAAAAAAUGCUUCAAUGCUUUGGCUUCAUGUAGUGGCAGGGGCGGGGAAGAUUGCUCUUGGGUCGACUAUUGCGGAGCGUUGUCAAGAAGAAAACUCAUCAUUGCCGGCAUUUGUUUUCUCGGGGACGAGGGGGAAUGGUGCUAUCGACGGGCUCAAGCUUACUUUUACCAUUGCACUUCAACUGGCGCUAGCAAUUCCCGGCGUGAGAUCUUCGAUCGAAUCUGUUGCUAAACAUGAUCCAACCGUCUGCGACGAGAAUAUGAAUAUGGCAAGCCAAAUGACGAAGGAAGCUCAGUCGAAGACUCUCAUACCAUCUCAGUGA